GGGGUAGGACCAGCAGCGGCUUCCGGGAGGAGUUUUGGGCCUGGCGGGGCACCGUCCGGCGCCGCGCCUUCCCGGUAGAGGUAGCUGGGGAGACGCCGGGAGUCCGCGUCGGCGCCGUUGAUGAGUGCGGCGCAUUCUCAGCAUGGGCGACCACGGCCUGGAGUUGGCGUCUAUGAUCCCCGCUCUGCGGGAGUUGGGCAGUGCCAGUCCAGAGGACUAUAAUACAGUUGUACAGAAGCCAAGACAAAUUUUAUGUCAGUUCAUUGACCGAAUACUUACAGAUGUAAAUGUUGUUGCUCUAGAACUUGUAAAGAAAACUGACUCUCAGCCAACCUCUGUGAUGUUGCUUGAUUUCAUCCAGCAUAUAAUGAAGUCCUCCCCACUUAUGUUUGUAAAUGUGAAUGGAAGUCAAGGGCAAAAUGAGGCCAAAGGCAGUUGUAUUGAAUUCAGUAAUUGGAUCAUAACAAGACUUCUGCGGAUUGCAGCAACUCCAUCCUGUCAUAUGUUACAUAAGAAAAUCUGUGAAGUUAUCUGCUCAUUAUUAUUUCUUUUUAAAAGCAAGAGCCCUGCAAUUUUUGGAGUACUGACAAAGGAAUUACUACAUCUUUUUGAAGAUGUGAUUUACCUCCACAGAAAAAAUGCAAUGGGACACUUUGUGGAAUGGCCAGUGGUAGUUAGCCGAUUUUUAAGUCAACUAGAUGAACAUAUGGGAUAUUUACAACCAGCUCCUUUGCAAUUGGUGAACAUGCAAAAUUUAGAAUUUAUUGAAGUCACUUUAUUAACAGUUCUUAUUCGUAUUGUUGCAAUUGUGUUUUUUAGAAGGCAAGAACUCUUUCUUUGGCGGAUAGGUUGUGUUCUGCUAGAGUAUGGUAGUCCAAAAAUUAAAUCCUUAGCAAUUAGCCUUUUAACUGAACUCUUUGAGCUUGGUGGAUUACCAGCACAACCAGCAAGCACUUUCUUCAGCUCAUUUUUGGCAUUAUUAAAACAUCUUGUAGAAAUGGAUGCUGACCAGUUGAAACUCUAUGAAGAACCAUUAUCAAAGCUGAUAAAAACACUGUUCCCCUUUGAAGCAGAAGCUUAUAGAAAUAUUGAACCUGUCUAUUUAAAUAUGCUGCUGGAAAAACUCUGUGUCAUGUUUGAAGAUGGUGUGCUUAUGCAGCUUAAGUCUGAUUUGCUAAAAGCAGCUUUGUGCCACUUACUGCAGUAUUUCCUUAAAUAUGUGCCAGCUGGGUAUGAAUCUGCUUUACAAGUCAGGAAGGUUUAUGUGAGAAACAUUUGUAGAGUUCUUGUGGAUGUGCUUGGAUUUCAGGUAGAUGCAGAGUAUUUGUUGGGCCCACUUUAUGCAGCCUUAAAAAUGGAAAGUAUGGAAAUCAUUGAGGUUCAAUGCCAAGUUCAACAGGAAAACCUCAGCAGUGAUAGUGAUGGAAUAUCAGCCAAAAGGCGUCGACUCAGCUCAUCUCUAAACUCUUCCAGAAGACCACCAAAACAGACUGAGGAAAUUAAACAUGUGGAUAUGAACAAAAAGAGCAUAUUAUGGAGUGCCCUGAAACAGAAAGCUGAGUCCCUUCAGAUUUUCCUUGAAUAUGGUAGUCUAAAGAAUCCUGUUAUUGCAACUUUAGAAGGAAUCACUGUUGUCCUACAGCUGACUGCUCUGUGUACUGUUCAUUGUUCUCAUCAAAACAUGGACUGCUGCAGCCAUAAUUUCAAGGACUGUCAACAGAAAUGUAAGAAGAAACCUUCAGUAGAGAUAACUUGGAUGUCUUUGGAUUUUUACACAAAAGUGCUUAAGAGCUGUAGGAGUUUGUUAGAAUCUGUUCAGAAGCCUGACCUGGAGGCAAUUAUUGAUAAAGUGGUGAAAAUAUAUGAUGCUCUGAUUUAUAUUCAUGUGAAAACUUCUUUUGAAGAUCAUAUUCUGGAAGAUUUAUGUGGAAUGCUCUCACUUCCAUGGAUUCAUUCCCAUUCUGAUGAUGGCUCUUUAAAGUUGACCACAUUUGCCACUAAUCUUUUAGCAUUAAGCCAGAAGAUUUCAGAUAGCUACUCACCACAGGCACAGUCACGGUGUGUGUUUCUUCUAACGUUGUUUCCAAGAAGAAUAUUCCUUGAAUGGAGAACAGCAAUUUAUAGCUGGGCCCUACAGAGCUCCCAUGAAGUAAUCCGGGCUAGUUGUGUUAAUGGAUUUUUUAUCUUAUUGCAGCAGCAGAAUUCAUGUAACAGAGUGCCCAAGAUUCUUAUAGAUAAAGUCAAAGAUGAUUCUGACAUUGUCAAGAAAGAAUUUGCCUCUAUUCUUGGUCAACUUGUGUGUACGCUUCAUGGCAUGUUUUAUUUGACAAGUUCUUUAACAGAACCUUUCUCUGAACAUGGACAUAUUGACCUCUUCUGUAAAAGCCUAAAAGUCACUUCUGAACACGAAUGUUCAUCUUCUCAACUAAAAGCUUCUGUUUGCAAGCCUUUCCUUUUCCUACUGAAAAAAAAAAUACCUAGUCCAGUGAAACUUGCUUUCAUAGAUAAUCUAUAUCACCUUUGUAAGCACCUUGAUUUUAGAGAAGAUGAAACAGAUGUGAAAACAGUUCUUGGAACUUUAUUAAAUUUAAUGGAAGAUCCAGACAAGGAUGUUAGAGUGGCUUUUAGUGGAAAUAUCAAGCAUAUAUUGGAAUCCUUGGACUCUGAAGAUGGAUUUAUAAAAGAGCUUUUUGUCUUAAGAAUGAAGGAAGCAUAUACACAUGCUCAAAUCUCAAGAAAUAAUGAGUUGAAGGAUACCUUGAUUCUUACAACAGGGGAUAUUGGAAGGGCAGCAAAAGGAGAUUUGGUACCUUUUGCACUUUUGCAUUUAUUGCAUUGUUUAUUAUCGAAGUCAGCAUCUGUCUCUGGAGCAGCAUAUACAGAAAUCAGAGCUCUGGUUGCAGCUAAGAGUGUUAAACUGCAAAACUUUUUCAGCCAGUAUAAGAAACCCAUCUGUCAGUUUUUAGUAGAAUCCCUCCAUUCCAGUCAGAUGACAGCACUUCCUAGUACUCCAUGCCAGAAUGCUGAGAUGAGGAAACAAGAUGUGGCUCACCAGAGAGAAAUGGCUUUAAAUACCUUGUCUGAAAUUGCCAAUGUUUUUGACUUUCCUGAUCUUAAUCGUUUCCUUACUAGGACAUUACAAGUUCUGCUACCUGACCUUGCUGCCAAAGCAAGCCCUGCAGCUUCUGCUCUCAUUCGAACUUUAGGAAAACAAUUAAAUGUCAAUCGUAGAGAGAUUUUAAUAAAUAACUUCAAAUAUAUUUUUUCUCAUUUGGUCUGUUCCUGUUCCAAGGAUGAGUUAGAACGUGCCCUUCAUUAUCUGAAGAAUGAAACAGAAAUUGAACUGGGGAGUCUAUUGAGGCAAGAUUUCCAAGGAUUGCAUAAUGAAUUAUUGCUACGUAUUGGAGAGCACUAUCAACAGGUUUUCAAUGGUUUGUCAAUACUUGCCUCAUUUGCAUCUAGUGAUGAUCCAUAUCAGGGCCCCAGAGAGAUCACAUCACCCGAAUUAAUGGCUGAUUAUUUGCAACCUAAGUUGUUGGGCAUUUUGGCCUUUUUUAACAUGCAGUUACUGAGCUCCAGUGUUGGCAUUGAAGAUAAGAAAAUGGCUUUGAACAGUUUGAUGUCUUUGAUGAAGUUGAUGGGACCAAAACAUGUCAGUUCUGUGAGGGUGAAGAUGAUGACCACGCUAAGAACUGGCCUGAGAUUCAAGGAUGAUUUUCCUGAAUUGUGUUGCAGAGCUUGGGAUUGUUUUGUUCGUUGCCUGGAUCAUGCUUAUCUUGGUUCCCUUCUCAGUCAUGUGAUAGUAGCUUUGUUACCUCUCAUACAUAUCCAGCCUGAAGAAACUGCAGCUAUAUUUCACUACCUCAUAAUUGAAAACAGGGAUGCUGUACAAGAUUUUCUUCAUGAAAUAUAUUUUUUACCUGAUCAUCCAGAAUUAAAAAAGAUAAAAGCAGUUCUACAGGAAUAUAGAAAGGAGACCUCGGAGAGUACAGAUCUUCAGACAACUCUUCAAUUAUCCAUGAAAGCAAUUCAACAUGAAAAUGUAGAUGUUCGUAUUCAUGCUCUUACGAGUUUGAAGGAAACUUUGUAUAAAAAUCAGGAAAAACUGAUAAAAUAUGCAACAGAUAGUGAAACAGUGGAACCUGUUAUCUCACAGUUGGUGACAGUGCUUUUGAAAGGGUGUCAAGAUGCAAACUCUCAAGCUCGGUUGCUCUGUGGGGAAUGUUUAGGGGAAUUGGGGGCAAUAGAUCCAGGUCGACUAGAUUUCUCAACAACUGAAAGCCAAGGAAAAGAUUUUACAUUUGUGACUGGAGUAGAAGAUUCAAUCUUCGCCUUUGGAUUAUUGAUGGAACUAACAAGAGCUUACCUUGCAUAUGCAGAUAAUAGCCGGGCUCAAGAUUCAGCUGCUUACGCCAUUCAGGAGUUACUUUCUAUUUAUGACUGUAGAGAGAUGCAGACUGAUGGCCCAGGUCACCAGCUGUGGAGGAGAUUUCCUGAGCAUGUUCGGGAAAUCCUGGAACCUCAUCUAAAUACUAGGUAUAAGAGUUCUCAGAAGUCAACAGAUUGGUCUGGAGUAAAGAAGCCAAUUUACUUAAGUAAAUUAGGUAAUAACUUUGCAGAAUGGUCAGCAUCUUGGGCAGGUUAUCUUAUAACAAAGGUUCGGCAUGAUCUUGCCAGUAAAAUCUUCACCUGCUGUAGCAUUAUGAUGAAACAUGAUUUCAAGGUGACCAUCUAUCUUCUUCCACAUAUUCUAGUGUAUGUCUUGUUGGGUUGUAAUCAAGAAGAUCAGCAGGAGGUUUAUGCAGAAAUUAUGGCAGUCCUAAAGCAUGAUGAUCAACAUACCAUAAGUACCCAAGACAGUGCAUCUGAUCUAUGUCAACUCAGUACACAGACUGUGUUCUCCAUGCUUGACCAUCUCACACAAUGGGCAAGACACAAAUUUCAGGCACUGAAUGCAGAGAAAUUUCCACAAAGCAAAUCAAACAGAGAUAAAGUAGAUUCAGUUGUAUCUACUGCGGAUUAUGAAGACUAUCAGAGUGUAACUCGUUUUCUAGACCUCAUACCUCAGGACACUCUGGCAGUAGCUUCCUUUCGCUCCAAAGCAUACACACGAGCUGUAAUGCACUUUGAAUCAUUUAUUACAGAAAAGAAACAAAAUAUUCAAGAGCAUCUUGGAUUUUUACAGAAAUUGUACGCUGCUAUGCAUGAACCAGAUGGAGUAGCUGGAGUAAGCGCAAUCCGAAAGGCAGAACCAUCUCUGAAAGAACAGAUCCUUGAGCAUGAAAGCAUUGGCCUACUGAGGGAUGCCACUGCUUGUUAUGACAGGGCUAUUCAGCUAGAACCAGACCAGAUCAUUCAUUAUCAUGGUGUAGUGAAAUCCAUGUUAGGUCUUGGUCAGCUGUCUACUGUAAUCACUCAGGUGAAUGGAGUACAUGCUAACAGGUCUGAAUGGACAGAUGAAUUAAACACAUACAGAGUGGAAGCAGCUUGGAAAUUGUCACAGUGGGAUUUGGUGGAAAACUAUUUGGCAGCAGAUGGGAAAUCUACAACAUGGAGUGUUAGACUGGGACAGCUACUAUUAUCAGCCAAAAAAAGAGAUAUCACAGCUUUUUAUGACACACUGAAACUAGUGAGAGCAGAACAAAUUGUACCUCUUUCAGCUGCAAGCUUUGAAAGAGGCUCUUAUCAACGAGGAUAUGAAUAUAUUGUGAGAUUGCACAUGUUGUGUGAGUUGGAGCAUAGCAUCAAAUCACUUUUUCACCAGUCGCCAGGUGACACUUCCCAAGAAGAUUCUCUAAACUGGGUAGCUCGACUAGAAAUGACCCAGAAUUCAUACAGAGCCAAGGAACCCAUCCUGGCUCUCCGGAGAGCUUUAUUAAGCCUCAACAAAAGACCAGAUUACAAUGAAAUGGUUGGAGAAUGCUGGCUGCAGAGUGCCAGAGUCGCUAGAAAAGCUGGUCACCACCAGACAGCCUACAAUGCUCUCCUUAAUGCUGGAGAAUCACGACUUGCUGAAUUGUAUGUGGAAAGGGCAAAGUGGCUAUGGUCCAAGUGCUUAAGAAAAGAUGCAGAAUCUCGUAGAAGAGAACUUCAUAUCCGAACAUAUGCAGUUAUUCCCCUGAAUGAUGAAUGUGGGAUUAUUGAAUGGGUUAACAACACUGCUGGCUUGAGACCUAUUCUGACCAAACUAUACAAGGAAAAGGGAGUUUAUAUGACAGGAAAAGAACUUCGCCAGUGUAUGUUACCAAAAGCCGCAGCUUUGUCUGAAAAACUCAAAGUAUUCCGAGAAUUUCUCCUACCCAGGCAUCCUCCUGUUUUUCACGAGUGGUUUCUGAGGACAUUCCCUGAUCCUACAUCAUGGUACAGUAGCAGAUCAGCAUACUGUCGUUCCACAGCGGUUAUGUCAAUGGUUGGCUAUAUCCUGGGGCUUGGAGACCGUCAUGGUGAAAACAUUCUCUUUGAUUCUUUGACUGGUGAAUGUGUACAUGUGGAUUUCAACUGUCUCUUCAAUAAGGGAGAAACCUUUGAAGUUCCAGAAAUUGUUCCAUUUCGACUGACUCAUAAUAUGGUUAAUGGAAUGGGUCCUAUGGGAACAGAAGGUCUUUUUCGAAGGGCUUGUGAAGUUACAAUGAGGCUGAUGCGAGAUCAGAGAGAGCCUUUAAUGAGUGUCUUAAAAACUUUUCUACAUGAUCCUCUUGUGGAAUGGAGUAAACCAGUGAAAGGGCAUUCCAAAGCACCACUGAAUGAAACCGGGGAGGUUGUCAAUGAAAAGGCCAAGACCCAUGUUCUUGACAUCGAGCAGCGACUGCAAGGUGUAAUCAAGACCCGAAAUAGAGUGACAGGGCUGCCACUAUCUAUUGAAGGACAUGUGCAUUACCUUAUACAAGAAGCUACUGAUGAAAACUUACUGUGCCAAAUGUACCUUGGUUGGACCCCAUAUAUGUGAAAUGAAAUUACUUCAAAGAAUAUGCUAAUAAUCUAAAAUUAAUGCAUUUGGUAUUAACUGUGAUUGUAUAUUCAGUUCCAAAGUACAGCAUAAGUUUAUGUUCUCGGAGUAACUGGUAUUAACUCCCUUAUUGUUAAUAAUAUUUAAAAUAAUAUAUGUUGUUGAUAAGAAAUAAACUGCUUUCUUUUUU